AGAGCAGGAUCCACCAGUCCUCGCGACGGGCUCGGCAACUCGCUGAUCACCGGUAGCACUGGCGCUUCGGCUGGUUCAUCUCUCGUUAAGAGGUCUUCCUCCACGUCGUCCAGCAGCCGUCAUCAUCGACACCGCAGUGGCAUUACCUCGCGGUCAAAACACGGCCAGCGGCACAAAUAG